GUUGAGCUCCGCUCGACCACGCUGUCGCAGCCCACAACUGGUCGCUUUCUCCAGUCUUCACUUUAUUGAUGCGAAGAGUUCCGUCCUCCACCAUCAAGCCCUAGAGAAUAAUCCGUUUGCGCCGCAUCAUUUUUCUAUCUGUGUCACUUUUCUCGGCGCAUCCCUUGGUUGUGACAGAUAACACGCAGCAUCAUGUCGAAGGGGACCGUGGUUCUGGCGUACAGCGGUGGAUUGGACACCUCCUGUAUUCUGGUGUGGCUCAAGGAGCAGGGCUACGACGUUAUUGCCUACUUGGCCAAUAUUGGACAAGAUGAAGACUUUGACGAGGCCCGCUUGAAGGCAGAGAAGCUGGGUGCCAAGAAGGUCUUCAUCGAGGACCUGCGGGGGGAGUUCGUGGAGGAGUUCAUCUGGCCGUCGGUCCAGGCCAACGCCAUCUACGAGGACCGCUACCUGCUGGGCACCUCGGUGGCCCGGCCCUGCAUCGCCCGCCGCCAGGUGCAGAUCGCCCAGCGGGAGGGCGCGCAGUACGUGUCCCACGGUGCCACGGGAAAGGGUAAUGACCAGGUCCGCUUUGAGCUGACAUGCUACGCCCUUUACCCUGAAGUGAAGAUAAUUUCCCCUUGGAGGAUCCCAGAAUUCUUUAACCGGUUCCGUGGAAGAAAGGACUUGAUGGAAUAUGCCAAUGAGCAUGACAUCCCGGUGCCGGUGACCCCUAAAGCUCCGUGGAGCAUGGACGCCAACCUCAUGCACAUAAGCUACGAGUCUGGCAUCCUGGAGAAUCCCAAGACCCACGCUCCGGUGGACCUGUACCUCAUGACCAAGAACCCUGAAGACUCCCCCAACACCCCGGAUGUUCUGGAGAUAGAGUUCCUCAAAGGAGUACCCAUCAAGGUAACCAACGUAGUUGACGGCAAGGCUAAGGACAGCCCCCUGGAGAUCUUCUCCUAUCUCAACGAGAUCGGCGGCAAGCAUGGCGUGGGUCGGAUUGACAUUGUGGAGAACCGUUUCAUCGGCAUGAAGUCCAGAGGGAUCUACGAGACCCCGGGAGGAACCAUCCUGUACCAGGCCCACCUGGACAUUGAGACCUUCACCAUGGAUAAGGAGGUGCGCCGCAUCAAGCAGGGCCUGGGGAUCACCUUCUCUGAGCUCAUCUACAACGGUUUCUGGUUCAGUCCAGAGUGCGCGUUUGUGCGCGACUGCAUCGCCAGGUCCCAGGAGAACGUGGAGGGCAAGGUCCAGCUGUCUGUCUUCAAGGGCCAGGUGUAUAUGCUGGGGCGGGAGUCCCCCAAGUCCCUGUACAACGAGGAGCUGGUCAGCAUGGACGUACAGGGAGACUACGACCCAUGUGACGCCUCAGGGUUCAUCAAGAUCAACGCUGUCCGGCUGAGAGAGCACCACCGUCUGCAGGGGCUGUCCGGAAGCAAGAAAUGAAGACCUGCUGUGGACCUCUGCUGUGUCUCUUCAGCAGCAGGGCUCCAGACUUAUGUCUUUAGCAUCCCUGUUUACUCUAACGCCCACCUAGGUGCCUAUAUGUCAGAGAUCACAGGUAGUUCUAUCGUUUAUAGGAUUAAACAUUUCCUUUUAAUAGAGCAUUGAUACUUGCAUUUGAUGUGGGGAAAUGUUACAUUUGUAGAGUCAUUUCUUGUAUUGCUUGGGGAGUAAUCACUACAUAAGAAAAAUGACUCUCACUUACUACUCUGUUGCCAUCAAUAAACUAGAUGCCAAUAUGUUGC